AUGCCUUGGCUAUUAACACCUCCGAAAAUAUAUCGGCUGGUCAAUGCCAACAUAAUCGAUGCAGUUAAAGGCGAAGUCAAGACUGUCAUUGCCAAUGAAUACGAACAGAUCAUCGACCUGCAAGGUUUGUUUCUGUGUCCAGGCCUAAUAGACGCCCAGGUGCACGUCACCGCCACUCCAGGGGAACAAGGCCCAAAGAACACAUACAAGGCGAUUCCCGCAUCGAUGAACCACUACCGGACGACAUACGUCGUACGAGAGAUGCUCGCCCGUGGCUUCACGACAGUCCGAGACUGUGGCGGUGCAGACGCAGCACUAAAGCAGGCAAUUGCAGAGUGGUUGAUCAUCGGGCCCCGACUCAACAUCGCCGGUCACGCCUUAUCCCAGACUGGCGGGCACGGCGACCAGCGAGAAGCCCACGACGACGAAUGCUGGGCAGGCCGGAAACCAGGAAUCAGCCGGCUUUGCGACGGAUUAGCCGACUGCAUGACGGCCGUACGAGACGAGAUGCGCAAGGGCGCAGACUUCAUUAAGAUCAUGGCUGGCGGUGGAGUCUCGAGCAGACUCAACCACCUUGCCCAUGCACAGUUUCUCCCGGAGGAAGUCUCUGCCAUUGCGCUGACUGCAGCAUCGUUUGAUACCUACGUUACCGCGCACGCCUACUCACCGCGGGCGAUGCAACACGCGGAGCACGGACGCCUUCUUUACACCGACACUAGCAACAUCCCACACGCUCAUGAAGCCCCCUUUGACCAAUGGAUCACAUCCGACCUAAUGGCGAAGAACAUUGCCGUAAUGGAGUCCGGACUACGCUCGCUUGAGAUAGCAGAGAAGGCCGGACUUACUGUAUGCUUUGGGUCUGACCUCAUGGGAUCGAUGCAGGUGUUCCAGAACAACGAGUUCUCGAUCCGUGCGCGUAUGCAAUCGAGUCUUAGCGUGCUGCGUAGCGCGAAUGUGAAUCAAGCGAGGAUGAUGGGAAUGGAAAAUGAGAUUGGACAGGUGAAGGAUAUUUUGGCGGCGCUGAAGGAGGGGAGGGUUACGAGGAGUGAGCUCCCGCAGAUGCCGGUUGAUAGUGUGGCAAGAUAG